AUGUUGGGAAAAAUGGUGAAAGAGCACAAUGCGUCACAGCAGUUACGCAGGGAAUUGCAAGAAAAACGCAAAAAUGAAGCGAUUGUAGCGGCGCAUAAUCUAACAGGAGCUAUCGUUGACCAUCUUAAUUAUUCUGUAUCACGAGCGUACAAUAAUCAAAAACGACUCGAUAUCGAAGCGAAAAAACUGGAGAACAAUGCCACAAAUUUAGCGAAGCAAACUGAGCAAUGGAUACAUUUAACAGAUUCGUUGAACCAAGCCCUCAAGGUAAUUAAUUGA